GUCAGUUGCAUCAAAGCAGCAGUUCUUCAGGAGAACUUUGUGGUCUCAUUAGCAGAGGAUCAAGGUGGAUCUAUUUUCAGGAGUAAAAAUGUUGGAUUAUGAAGUGACCGUGUUCACUGCCAAUCGUGCCGCUGCCACCACUUUUAACAAUGUGUUUAUUAAGCUCGUUGGCACAAGUGGAGAAAGUGAACGCAAGUGGCUGUUGAGCAUCAGGGGAGCUUCAGCAUUUGUCAGAGGAGCGGUGGCAACUUUUACAGUUUCCUGCCCCACCUCCCUUGGAAAACUGUUGCUGAUAGAGCUUGACAAACAGCCUCUUGUGUUGUUCCCCGAAGAUUCUUGGUUCCCUGCCAAAGUGGCAGUCAAAUCCCCCGAGGGAGACACUUACAACUUUCCUGUUUACCGCUGGAUCACUGACAGCCAGGUGCACCGCUUCAGAGAGGGAACAGCUCUGAGAGGGUUUGAAGAUAACCAUCAUCUUGGCCGGUAUAGCCGGGAACAGGAGCUCAAGCAGCGUCAGAAGAACUAUUGCUGGGAUGUGUAUGUGGAGGGAAUUCCUCACUGCAUGAAGGCAGAUGAUCUACUUAUUCUACCUGCUGAGGUCAGAUUCUCCUUUACCAAGCAGACAGAGUUUCUUUUCACAGCAAGCACAGGACUGACAGAGCUGAAACUGAAGGGGCUGGCUGAUUGUAAAAUGGGAUGGACGGAGGUUGAUGAUAUCAACAGGGUGUUUUGCUGCAAAGAGUCUGACUUAUCAGACUAUGUCCAACAACACUGGAAGGAAGAUGCCUUUUUUGGCUACCAGUUUCUAAACGGGGUCAAUCCCAUGAUGAUCCGACGCUGUACCGUCUUGCCCGACAACUUUCCUGUAACUGACAAGAUGGUUUUCCCUGAUAGUCGUUGCAGCCUGGCGGUAGAAAUGAAGAAAGGCAACAUAUUUCUAUGUGACUACAAGCAAAUUGAUGGAGUGAAAACAAGCAUCAUCAAUGACAAAAAACAGUACUUGAUGGCUCCACUCGUCUUGCUCCAUAAAACCCCAAAUGAUAAACUCAUGCCUAUUGCUAUUCAGUUGAAGCAGAAACCAGCAGAAGACAACCCAAUCUUCCUGCCAUCUGAUUCUGAGUACGACUGGCUGCUAGCAAAGAUUUUUGUGCGGAGCACAGAUUUCAGUGAGCAUCAGCUCAAUGUUCACCUGCUGCGUACUCACCUGCUGGCUGAGGCAUUUGCAGUGUCACUGUUGCGCAACGUGCCCAUGGUGCAUCCUCUCUACAAGCUUCUCAUACCUCACACUCGCUACACUCUGCAGAUCAACUUCUUAGCUCGGAAAAGACUCAUAUCUAAGGAGGGUGUUUUCACCCAAUUUUCAGCAUCUGGAGGAGAGGGUAUGCUCACAAUUCUAAGGAGAUCCCUGUCCUCAAUGACAUACAGCUCUCUCUGUAUGCCUGAAGACAUUGCUGAGCGUGGGCUAAAGGAUGUACCAAACUUCUACUACAGAGAUGAUGGACUCAGACUGUGGGAUAUUAUCAACAAAUUUGUACGGGGUGUCCUAAGCUACUACUACAAGAAUGAUCUUGAAGUUCAGCAAGACUCUGAACUACAAAAGUGGAUUUUGGACAUAUUUGAACAUGGAUUCCUUUCCCAUCCUUGCCCAGGAAUCCCGCAGAAACUUACUACAGUGGACUCUCUCAUCAAGUUUGUCACCAUGGUGAUCUUCACAGGCUCAGCCCAGCAUGCUGCAGUGAACUCUGGACAGUUUGACUAUGGUGGCUGGAUGCCAAACACUCCAAUUUCCCUGCAACUCCCACCACCAACCAAAAAAGGGAAAGCAACUGAAGAAACUAUGCUGAAAACACUGCCGGAUGUCAACACUACAGUUCAGGGCAUGGCCACCCUAUGGCUGCUCAGCCAGCAGUCCAGUGAUUUUGCACCUCUUGGCCACUACCCCGAGGAUCACUUCAGUGAGAAGACUCCAGGACAGAUGAUAAAGAACUUUCAAGAGGAGCUUAAGGCAUUAAGUGCAGCCAUCAAAAAGAGAAACAAGGAUCUGGAAGUGCCUUACACAUACAUGGAUCCAGAGAAGAUAGAAAACAGUGUGGCUAUUUGAAAAAUAAAAGUAGUUUUCUCUAAGCUUUCUAAUUACAAACACUGCAACUUAUUUUUAUGUUACUGGAAUGUUUUAUGAACACUGGCAAAAACAUGAUAGGUUAUUUGAUUCACUUUUAUUUCAGUUUUGUUCAAAUGUACAUUUUUAAAGUGGAUUUUAAUGUAAUAAGAAUAUUUGGGAUGCAUGCAGAUAAAUUUGGAGUCAGACAUGUGAGUGUAACCACCCUGAUAAGUUUUAGUUGUUUUCUUCAUCAUUUACAAUGAUCAACUUAUACAUUAUUAUAUUUUAUUAUUAUUAUUCUAAUACUUUGCAUCAGCGAGUCACUUGCUGAGAACACUUUGUAUUUUGAGACAUGUUGUGCAUAAGGGACAUUUUUGCAACAGAAAAUGAAACUUGAGUGUUUCUAAUCUGAGACCAAUAUAAAAUAGCAAUUUCUUCGAAAGUUUAAUUUCUCUAACUUCUUGUUUGAAAUUCCCCCAAAAGAAUGUAUCUGUGUAAAGUAUUUAUUGUAAAGUGCAAAUAAAAAUACUGGUAAUCAGAAAAUAUCA